UCGCACACGUUUUCUACAGUAAGUUUCGCUGUCUGACCUGUGAUGAGUUAUGUGACACAUUGAUAGAGAGAAAGCAUCAAUGCGGAGGCAGAGAAAUAUGAUUGCGGCUGUCUUUCUGCUGUGUGCUGUCAAGCUUCACUGCUCUGAUGCACAGAAUCAGCCCUGUGUGCCAAGUCCUCAGGUGGCAUGUUUUGAGCCAGCCGACUAUCUGAAUGCAUCUGGUUCUGUCAGCGUAGAAGUGUGCGUUGGUAAGAAACUCAUCAUCUCCCUGGAGCACUUCUCUGAAUACCCUGUUUGCCACUGGAUCAGAGGAGCAGACCCAAUGUUGACAGCAAAUGGAAGUCACUCUAUCAUCCUGCCACCACUUUCUGAGGCAGAUUCAGGGGAAUACACGCUGAGCUGUGAAACUAGCGACGGGACCAGGUCCUCCAUGAAUGUGUCUCUGCUGGUAGUGAUGAAACGUCCCACAAAACCAAAGCUGACGCUCGACAAAGUAAAUGUCAAAGGGCGUUCCCCUCUUUUCACGUGCACCUCUGAGGGCUGCCCAAAGCCCACCCUUGAAUGGUCUCGAAAAAAAGUUGGGAAAGAUGUUCAUGCAAACAGUGAAAGGGCAGGUAGCACAAUAUCCAGUAGUGAAUAUGCUGAUGGUGGAGUGAUGUGCUGUGCCACCAACGCUGAAGGACAAGAAUGCUCCCAAGUCUAUGACUACGACCCAGAUAGUGACUCCUUGAGAAAUGAUGAGGUUUCUAAUGUGACCGUGAGCCCUGGUGAGUCUUUACUUCUUCGCUGCCGCAUACAAGCGUAUGGGAGGCCGUCACUUGUGUGGGAGAAUGGCAACAAAACAAUGGACCCCACAACAUUUGCAUGCCCUUCUACAGUCAAGGGGGAGAUCUGCAGUAUAAGAGACUCGCAUAAAAAAAAUCAGAUGGCCUACCUGUUCAUCGACUCAGUUAGUGUGAACCACAGUGGCACAUAUACCUGCAGGACUCAAAACAACAAAAAGUCUGUUCACAUUCAUGUCCAAGCUGAGGGUUUCAUCUCUGUCCAGCUGGAUAAGAGCAAGAUCGUACCAGCUCAGAACCGCUCCUGUUUGCAAGCCAGUGUUUCCUACCACCCUGUGCUCCAGCACUGUUCCUGGGAAGCUCCUGAUAAAAAUAUGACUAAAUGCAUCAGAGACAACUGGGUAACAAAACACAGGACUGUGAAGCUAUGUGAUGUACUCAAAUCAGGAGAUUAUAAAUUACACUUGGAGGCUGGAGGACAAAAAGAAAUAAGGACUAUAUCAGUGUGUGUUGUAGACACACCAAAGUUCAAAUUCAGGAUCAACAACACCAAUACCGUCACCUUUGAGACUGCGAGCCUUGUGCCUGCAAAUUAUACCUGGAUGUCUUGUUCUUUGUCCAAUGACAGCAGCUGUGAAACAGAGUCUUCCUGGAAGGAGAUCCCAGAUGCCUUUCAAACAGACUCUGAUGUCUUGUGUGAGAAGACAAUCAAGAGCUCUCUGAGCAGAAAUCUAGUGGAUGGACACCGUUUAAGGUUUCACCUGACAAACUCAGUUGGCUCCUGGCACUCCAGAGACUCAAUAUGCUACCCACUACACACCACCCCCGAGGCCUCCAAAGGUGCUCAGAAUACUGAUGACGGCAGCUUGAUGGUGCUGAGAGCGGGCAGUAUGCUUCUGCUCCUGGCUUUGGCAGUAGUUAUUGUGGUGCUCAUGUACUUUGUCAAAAAGAAGAAACCCCAGUAUCAGCCACAGCUUCAGAUAAUCCAGAUGGUUGGACCCAAUGACAACGAUUACAUCUACAUAAACUUCAAGGAUUUUGGGUACGACCUGAAAUGGGAGUUUCCCAGGGAGAACCUGGAACUGGGUCAAGAACUGGGCUCGGGGGCUUUUGGCAUGGUGGUCCAGGCUACAGCUUAUGGCAUUAAGAAGCCUGGAGUCUCACAGCAGGUGGCCGUCAAGAUGCUUAAAGAGAAACACCAGACGGUGGAGAAGGAGGCUCUGAUGUCGGAGCUCAAGAUGCUGACUCACAUCGGUCACCAUGCCAACGUUGUUAACCUGCUUGGGGCGUGCACAGAGACAGGACCCAUAUACUUGAUUUUCCAGUACUGCUGUUAUGGAGAUCUACUGAACUACCUGAAGACAAACAGAGAGCUCUACCACAAGUCUGUGACCGACGCCUUCAACAAGGACCGUUUCAGCAACCUUUACCACAACCUGCAGCCGAGGAAGAUCUCUGGUGAGCUGGACACAGCAGUGGACAAUUACAUGCCCAUGCACAGCUCUACCGCGAGAGGGCAGGAGGAGAUCGGCCUCCUCACCAUCAACUCCGGUGAUAUGGACAGCUUUGAAGACCCAGCAAUGUAUGAAGAUCCACACGAUCAGACAGAGGACCUGCAAUCACUGACCUUUGAUGACCUGCUCAGCUUUGCCUUCCAAGUGGCCAAAGGGAUGGAGUUCCUCUCCUCCAAAAAUUGUAUCCAUCGAGACCUGGCAGCUCGAAACGUGUUGGUGACAAAGGGCAGACUGGUGAAAAUUGGUGACUUCGGACUGGCCCGGGACAUCGACAACGACUCCAACUAUGUCGUGAGAGGAAAUGUGCGUUUGCCAGUCAAGUGGAUGGCACCUGAGAGCACCUUUCAGGGGAUCUACACCAUGAAGAGUGACGUCUGGGCUUACGGCAUUCUGCUCUGGGAGAUCUUCUCACUUGGUGUUACUCCGUACCCGGGCAUGAAGGUGGAUCACACGUUCUACUCAAUGAUUGAGAGAGGAUUUAAGAUGGAGUGUCCAUACUACGCCAACGAGUCUGUGUACGGGAUGAUGUGCCAGUGUUGGGCUCUGGAUCCCUGCGACCGGCCAUCGUUCUCCAAACUGCUGUCCUUCAUGUGUGAUCAGCUGACAGACAGAGAGGAGAAGCUCUACCAUAACAUGCUCGACCUGACACCCAGCGACUAUCAGAACGCACCGGCCGUUUUGGACAUUUCCGCCUUGACAAAGCAGAACAAGACACAGUCAGUAAAUGACUACUGUCGAACCCACGCAACCGAAGAAAGCAAAGCAGAAGUGUCCGACUCAGACACUGUGGCAGCUGAGGAGAAGCUUGAGAAGCCGUCUGAUACGGAGUGAUCAACAAAUGUUCAAACCAUUUCAUCUAUAUAUAUAUUUUUUUGAAAUGGUUUAAAGUUUUUCUCAUAGAGUGACAGUAAAAUGCAUCUGCUUUAUAUUCUCUUUUAUAAUAACAAAACAAGAUUUUAAUGAUGUAUGUGGGAUUUCAGUCAAUUAUAUUCUCACUAUGAAAAUGUGGUCUGAAUGUAAAUACAGUAUUUUUGUUUUCUACUUUCUAUCGUGCAGCUAAAAAUGAAAGGUUUCAUAAAAUAAUCCUAAAUAUUCUCAGGACAAUAGACAUGUGAGAUAUGGAGUUGUAACUUGUUUUCUACAUUAGGCCUACAUACUGUAGCAACUGAUCAACUUUUGGUUUUAGGUUUGGUUUAUCAUAUACACAUCAUAUAUAUAUAUUAUUAUGCAGUGAAAUGUGAUGGUAAUAGCAAUUAUUUUUGUACACAUUUAUAUAUAUAUUUCAAAACAAGCUUGCCUAUUUGAAAUAUUUCAGUGGAUUUGUUUUAUUAUUGUUUUUUUAAUCAUUAUACCUGCAAUAAAAUGUACUUAACAUAUUAAACAAAAAAACGUGUAGGUCA